CGGUGAAUUAUGGGGGAUUAAGAGUGGAGGAGGUGGGUGAUGAUUGGUUCCUGAAUGAGGAGGGCGGAGGAAAAGGCGGAAGCAGGCGUUGGGAGAGGCGGUGGCUUCGGGGAAGAAGAAAGCUGGAGCGAGAUGGAAGUAGUUAGGUGUCCGGAGCAUGGGACUUUAUGUCUCCUGAAGACCGGCGUCCGAGAAGGCCCGAAUAAAGGAAAGAGCUUCUACGUGUGCCGGGCGGACACAUGCAACUUUGUGCGGGCCACCGACAUUCCUGUUUCUCACUGUUUAUUGCAUGAGGACUUUGUGGUAGAGCUUCAGGGUCUGUCUCUAUCACAGGGCAAGAAAGAAUACAGGUUGUGCUUCCGAUGUGUUAAAAGUAAAGCUGAGGGGAAGCAGUGGUGUGGAAAUAUCCCAUGGCAGGAUCCUAAUUCUAAAGAACAUUCUGGAGCCAGUAAGUCUCAGCUUGCCUCUGAGCCAUCUCAUUAUCCUUCCAGCCACCAGAGAAACCCAUUCAAGGUACUUGAUAAGAAUCAAGAACCAUCCAUCUGGAAACAGUUCAUCAAAGGUGAAGAUGAGGAAAAAACAGCUGAUAAGAAGCAAAGAGAAAAGGGAGAUCCACUCCUGGAUCAAAAGAAGGAACAGAAGUCAGAAUCUAAGUGCUGGACGGAGAAGGAGCUCUCAUCUGGCCUGGGAGUAAAGAAAAAACAAUCUGCAGUUCAAGACAAGCAGCAAAGGGAGAAGACAGAGUUUCAGUGUGAAGCAAAGGAGAUAGAAGGGAUGCACAAAAGAAACCUUUUAGAGAUGAAAUCCAAACAGGUCUGUGGAAAUGUGCUCAGAGAACCAUCUGCAUUUCAGGUGAAGUCAGAUAGUGAGAGUCAUUCUGUCCAGAAAGAAUCAGAACCUCUGACAGAAGAGGAAACUAAGCCUUUGCCUCAAAUUGUUCACAGUCAACACUCAAUAAGCCAGCCCCUGAAAGAGGAGCACCUCAACAAGGAGCACCGUAAGAGCUGGGAGGCUAGAGAAACAAAGACAGGGAAUGACCCAAGCACACAGACCCUCCAAAAGAGUCUGCUCCAGGGCCAUUUUCAGGCUCAGUCGGAGACCCGGGACAUGCCUGCUCCAAAGGAACCAGCUGCUCAGCCUGCACCACUGGCCACAGGGCGUCCCGCAGGAGAGGGGCAAGACGCGGACAGAAGCAGAGGUGACAGUGAGGACGAUGACGUAACAAGCGGUGGUGACAGUGAGGACGAUGACGUAACAAGCGGUGGUGACAGUGAGGACGAUGACGUAACAAGCGGUGGUGACAGUGAGGACGAUGACGUUGUUUUUGUUUCGUCUAAGCCAAGGAGCCCUUUACUCUCUGACUUGCCUCCAGACACACAGGAGAAGAAGAACCUUAAACUCCCUGGUCAGAGUGUGCAAAGCAAAGUUUCUUCUGCCUCGGGUGUUUCCAAGAAGGGAGAACCUUCACACCCAACAGCCCAACGUGUGUUCCUCACAACACAACUGAAACAAAAGAAGAGCACACUGGCAUCGGUGAACAUCCAGGCUCUUCCAGACAAGGGUCAGAAGUUGCUCAAGCAAAUUCAGGAGCUGGAGGAAGCACUCAGUGCCCUGGCCCUCUCCCCAGAGCAAGACACUAAGGAGAAGAGUAACACUCAAGAACCUCAGCAGAGUAACUUCACCAAAGAGACCACUGACCCUCCCCACUUGGUGCCUCCCAAACCCCUGCAGGGUCAGGAUCUCUGGCCUCUGGGUUCUCGAGGACUGAAGGCUGCCCACCAGGAAGCUGCCGGAGGGUCUGGCCAGUGCUGUGGAGGCGCUGUGAGCCAGAAUGGCCUUCACGCAGUGUGGAAGAUCACAAGUGAAGCCAUUGAUGAGCUGCAUCGAUCUCUUGAGUCUUGUCCUGGGGAGACCGCCAUGGCAGAGGAUCCAGCUGGGCUGAAGAUCUCUUUGCUGCCACACCAGAAGCAGGCAUUAGCCUGGCUGCUAUGGCGGGAAAGCCAGAAGCCACGAGGAGGAAUUUUGGCGGAUGAUAUGGGGUUAGGAAAAACCCUGACAAUGAUCGCACUCAUCCUGACGCAAAAGAAAAGCAAAGAAAAGGACGAAAGCACGGCUUUGACUUGGCUUUCCAAAAAUGACUCCUCUGAGUUCACUUCUCAUGGAACACUAAUCAUCUGUCCUGCUUCUCUGAUCCAUCAUUGGAAAAACGAGGUGGAGAAACAUGUGAGCCACAACAGAUUAAGAGUCUGUCUCUAUCAUGGGCCAAACCGGAAUCAACAUGCAAAAGUCCUCUCCAGGUAUGACAUCGUGAUCACCACCUACAGCCUCCUGGCCAAGGAGAUUCCCACAGCGAAACAAGACGAACAGAUCCCGGGUGCAAACCCCAGUGUGGAGGGCACGUCAUCACCUUUGCUUCGAGUAGUGUGGGCUCGAAUCAUAUUGGAUGAAGCUCACAACGUUAAGAAUCCCCGGGUACAGACUUCCAUAGCCGUGUGUAAGCUCCAGGCCCAAGCCCGUUGGGCUGUCACCGGAACCCCAAUUCAGAACAACUUGUUGGACAUGUAUUCACUGCUGAAAUUUCUCCGUUGUUCUCCAUUUGAUGAGUUUAAGCUGUGGAAGAGUCAAGUAGACAAUGGCUCAAAGAAAGGAGGAGAACGGUUAAAUAUCUUAACCAGGAGCCUUUUGCUGAGGAGAACAAAGGACCAGCUGGACUCCACCGGCAAGCCCUUGGUGGUGCUGCCCCACCGUAAAUUUCAGUUGCACCAUUUAAAACUCUCUGAAGACGAAGAGACUGUUUAUAGUGUCCUUUUUGCAAGAUCGAGGUUGGCUCUGCAGUACUAUCUAAAAAGACAUGAAAGUGGGAGCAACCAGUCUGGAAGAAGCCCUGAGAAUCCAUUCAAUAGAGUGGCCCAGGAGUUUGCGUCCAGCAGGCCCGGGCCCUCCACGGCAGCUGGCUGGGCGACAUCCAGUGCCGUGCACAUACUGUCGCAGCUGCUGAGGCUCCGCCAGUGCUGCUGCCACCUGUCCCUGCUGAAGUCGGCCCUGGAUCCGACGGAGCUGAAGAGUGAAGAUCUGGCCCUCUCCCUGGAGGAGCAGCUCAGUGCCUUGACCUUGUCCGAAUUCCACGACUCAGAGCCGUCUGCCUCCGUUUCCCUUAAUGGCAAAUCCUUCAAGGUGGAGCUUUUUGAUGACAAGAGAGAGAGCACCAAGAUUUCAUCUCUGUUGGCAGAAUUGGAGGCAGUCCGAAGAAAUUCAGGGUCCCAAAAGAGUGUCAUUGUCUCUCAGUGGACCAGCAUGCUGAAGGUUGUAGCCUUGCAUCUUAAGAGAUGUGGAUUUACUUAUGCCACCAUCGAUGGCACUGUCAACCCUAAACAGAGAAUGGACUUGGUAGAGGCAUUUAACAGCCCCCGGGGCCCUCAGGUUAUGCUAAUUUCUCUCUUGGCUGGAGGUGUCGGUCUAAACCUGACUGGAGGAAACCAUCUUUUUCUUCUGGACAUGCACUGGAAUCCAUCACUUGAAGAUCAAGCUUGUGACCGAAUCUACCGAGUAGGGCAGCAAAAAGAUGUCGUCAUACAUAAAUUUGUUUGCGAGGAAACAGUAGAAGAGAAGAUCUUGCAACUCCAAGAAAAAAAGAAAGAUUUAGCCAAACAGAUUCUAUCAGGAUCUGAAGAAUUGGUCACCAAGCUCUCCUUGGCUGACCUCAAAGUCCUUUUUGGCAUCUAACUUCCUGUUUCUCGGGCGCAGAAUAGUGCCACUGUUGGUUUGCACUAGGAUCUGGGGGGGAGCGACUUAACCCUGGUCCUUUGAGCUCUCCUGGGCUUUCAGUUUCACCUUCAAGCCUGAUGGCCUUCUCCAAGCGAGGAUGAAUUAUCAUGUUAUCCAGCUAGUUAACCAGUCAUGCUAACCAAUCAGUGUAUUAAAUAAAACCAAUAAAGUACUUUGGAUAAACA